AUUUGUUGGUCAAAGUGCAGUGAAAAAAUAAGUAAAACUGAGCAGCUUAGUUACAAUUCUAGUGCACUCCAGCCUGGUGAAAAGUGCAUGGUUUCAAGUACAGCGUGCAUAGAUAACAAUGUCUUACCGAGAGCUCAGAAAUUUCACGGAGAUGACCAGAGCGCUUGGCUACCCAAGGUUGAUUUCUUUGGAAAAUUUUCGGACGCCGAAUUUUCCCCUCGUAGCUGAAAUUCUGCGCUGGCUUAUCAGCAGGUACGACCCCGACAUCGAAGUGCCACCCGACAUUGACACGGAGCAGGACAGAGUGGUGUUCAUCAAAUCUAUCGCCCAUACAAUGGCCACGAAAGCACACCUAAAGCUGAACACCCGCAAGCUCUACAUGGCAGAUGGCUAUGCCGUGAAGGAGCUCCUAAAGAUCACUGCACUGUUGUACGAUGCCAUGCGCGCUAAGACCGGGGAUGAAGAGUCGAGUGGCGGUGAUCAGGCAGUUGCUGUGCCUUACCAAAACUAUGACGCUGUGUCCAAGUUUUCUGACCUCAAGAUGACCCGACAGCUGGCCUCUGAGAUAACACAGCAGGGUGCUGUGCUUUAUGACCGGCUCGCCAAGGAAGCAGAACUGAAGGAAAUUCGAAGUGCCACUCUGUCCAAGCAGCUGGAAAUAACGGACAUUGAAAAGUGCCUCCAGGAUGCCAUCAAGGCUGUGGUUGAGCAAACAAGUGAGCUCCAGCGUCGGAUCGAAUCCGUGGCAUCCGACGAAGCUAACCUCGAAGCCAAGAUUGAGAAAAAGAAAGCCGAACUAGAGCGAAACCAGAAGAGGCUUGCCACGCUCCAGGCAGUCAGACCUGCAUUCAUGGACGAGUAUGAGAGAAUCGAGGAGGAAUUGUCCCAAGUCUACGCGGCGUACAUAGUCAAGAUACGAUGCCUGGCCUAUCUGGAGGAACAACUCGAGGAGCUCGAAAAAGCACAGAAGAUGGAGUUUGCUGUACGUGAACAGAGGAUCAAAACGGCAGCACGGGAGAGCAACCACAAAUUGGCCAGCAAUCAAGAGUAUGGCGAGACUUUAGGACUGGUUGCCGCAGAUUCCGAAAGCCAGGCUGCAGCUGGGAGACUGCUGUUUGGCUCCAUGGCAGGUGGUGACAAGGUGCUCGACUCGGACUCUGACCUUGACCUCGAAGGCGAGGACGAGGGGUCCGACGACGGCUCCUCGGACGACGACCUCGAGCUGGACCUUGAAGCCAUGGGUGGGAUCAAGCCUCCCAACAGGCGUUCCCAGUCGCAGUUCAUUGACAGCGACAAUGACUUUUGAUGCGCUCGUGAUACAAGGGACGGUACAUUCCAGAGACAUUUACGUUACACAGGUCCACUACGUGCUAGCCAUACAUCAUGACCAAUUAUACCUAGUCCAAGAGGUUGUAAGUUAGAUCGCACAAAAAUGCAUGCUGAUUAGUUACAAGCUGGCAAAGGCUUUGUUUAUAAUAAACAAGUUAACAUUGCAACGGUG